AUGGCUGGCGAUACGACUGCAACCAGCCCGGUAUCGAGGUUUCCUGUCUAUCUUCUACCCAGUUUUAAUAUACCUUUUCGACGACGAAGACAAAGUUCCGUCUCGACCACAAAUUACGGCAGUCCCCCAAGCGACGCGCUCGUCCCGUCGCUCGGGAGCUCGCCCACCGAUUCGUCCUUGUCUAGUCCGCUCGAAAGCCCGCCGACAACACCAUCCUCUUACUUCCCAUCCCGCUUCUCCUUCUCCAAGAUUGGCCGCUGGGCGACAACAAGCGUAGACCCCCAUUCACAUGUGACCACAAAGCUCACCCAGACACAACCCAACACCAUUCGCUGCUCACACUGCUCCACGGAUUUCGCAUUCACGUCGCAGAUUGUCAGCAAAGGAUUUACCGGACGCUAUGGCCGGGCAUAUCUCGUCUCGCCGCCGGAAAACACAACUGGCAGCAAGGGCACGGCCGACUUGGUCAACAUACUUGUCGGCAAAUCAGAGUCCCGCGUUCUCGUGACCGGAUCUCAUGUGGUGGCCGACAUAUCGUGUGCCAUCUGCCGUACAAAAGUGGGCUGGAAAUAUGUAGACGCCAAAGAGGAAACGCAAAAGUACAAGGUCGGUAAGUUCAUCUUGGAGACCGCAAGAGUUGCAGACUAUCAGUCAUGGGAAGAUAUGGCCCUCGAUGAGUUGCCAGCUCCCGCGGAAAUUGCCACACGCUCUUCCGAUGUGGACAACGAACCGAUUGUGUUUGACUCGGAAGAUGAGGACGAGUGUGAGGAUAUCUUCUCAGGAACUUGGGAUCCCGAGGUUGCGGCAAAGAGACGAUCCAAGAAGGUCAACCGAAGGCCCAGGCAAGCUUUCUGA